AUGGUUCGUCGACGCUUCUUGCUGCCCGCUAGCAUAGUUCUUGUCCUUCUGUUCGUCUUCUAUACCUGGCCCGCUGGCGACGGCGACUGGCUCAAGUCGGCAAUCUCUAAUAAGUUUGAUGCCAACGUCAUCAAAGAUGACAAGUACUUCUGGAGGAAGCGGAUCACGCAUUUCCCCAUUGAGGAGAUCAAGCAGUUUCCCACGGGCGUACCGUUGAAAUUGCCCAACAUACAGACUACUUUUCCACCAGAGGGCAAACAGGAGCGGACCACCCGCCUGGAAAGGCAGCAGACGGUUAAAAAUGCCUUCAGCCGUUGCUGGAGCUCGUACAAGAACAAGGCCUUCAUGAGGGAUGAGCUGGCUCCCCUCAGUGGCAAGGCGAGAGACACCUCUGCCGGCUGGGGCGCCACAUUGGUCGAUAGCCUGGACACUUUGCAUAUCAUGGGCAUGCACGACGAAUUCGAAGAGGCCGUCGCUGCUGCGGCCAAGAUUGACUUCGAGAAGAGCUCGCUCAAAACGGUGAACACCUUCGAGACUACCGUCCGGUAUCUGGGAGGUUUCCUGUCGGCGUAUGAUCUGAGCGGCGACCAGCGACUAUUGCGCAAAGCAAGAGAAGCAGGCGACAUGAUAUACGCCGCAUUUGACACGCCGAACCGCAUGCCCAUCACUCGCUGGGAUUUCGGGGCGGCGCAAAGGGGUGAGAAGCAGGAAGCUUCCGAUAACGCUCUCAUAGCAGAAGUUGGUUCCUAUUGCAUGGAGUUCACGCGAUUGUCCUUGGUCACCGGAGAUCCGCGAUGGUACGAUGCUGCCGAGAGGAUCAGAGAGGUCCUGCAAGAGCAGCAGAACACCACGUUACUCCCCGGCAUGUGGCCUAUCACGGUAUCUCCCGGGAACAAGGAGUUCAAUAGGGACAACACGUUCACUCUUGGGGCAAUGUCCGACAGUACAUACGAGUACCUGCCCAAAAUGCAUGCGCUCGUCGGCGGACUCAUACCUGAAUACCAGUCCAUGUAUGAGACCGCGAUGGAGACAGCCCUCAGCGUCAACUUCUUCAGACCAUUGCUGCCGUAUUCACCCGAUAUAUUGAUAUCGGGGAGCGUACACGCGAACGACGCAUGGGGACAGACGAGCUACGAGCUCGAGGCGCACGGACAGCACCUGGUCUGCUUCGUGGGAGGCAUGCUGGCGGUCGGCGGCAGGCUCUUCGACAAGCCCGAGCACCUGACUGUGGCCAAGAAGCUAGUGGAUGGCUGCAUCUGGACAUACACGGCGAUGCCGCUCGGCAUCAUGCCCGAGACGUUCUACAUGGUUCCCUGCAAGGCGGGGGAGAAGUGCGAUUGGGAUGCGUCCGUGUGGAAGGAGGAGGUAUUGCAGCAGGCCAACGAGGAAAACGUGAGGGACAUGGAGAAGGCAGACGCACGGAUCGCCAAGUACAGCCUGCCGAAAGGGUUCACCGAGAUAUCAGAGGUGAAAUACCAUUUGCGGUCCGAGGCCAUCGAGAGCAUCUUCGUGCUGUAUCGCGCCACGGGCAACAAGGAUCUCCUCGACACGGCGUGGAAGAUGUUCCAGACGAUCCAGAAGCACACGGAGACGAAGUUGGCCAAUGGGGGUGUUGGCGAUGUGACGGUCAGCGACAGAGCUCCCAAGUUGGAUGCCAUGGAGAGCCACUGGAUGGGGGAGACACUGAAAUACUUCUAUCUGAUGUUUAGUGAAUCCGAUUUCAUAAGUCUGGAUGAAUGGGUGUUCAACACGAAGGCUCACCCGUUCAAGAGACUGGUUCGAUCAUGA